AUGGACGGCUUCACCUCCAACAGCAAGAAAGGCUGGGGAUCUACGCUGGCUGGCAAACAAACCGAGUUCUCACGACGCCGCGCUUCGAUUGAAAGCAGACAGCCAAGCUCAUGUGUAGGAAGAUAUGUAGCAAGCGCGAGAACGUCGCUAGCAUCACAAGAGCAACUGUCCAGGUACAGACGGCUUGCAAGCAACAUGCCGAAGCGUUUCCUCUACAGGCAUCUCUCACUUCGACGGAAAGUUAGGCCUCUUUUCAUCUGUGCCCUUUCGCUGCUUUUCGCUGCCGCCAUGCGCCGCGUCCUGAUCCGGUACCGAAAGCAGGUCCGACUCGAAACCGUUGAAAAAGUAAGGGCUGCUUAUAAGAUUCAAUGUAUGUGGCGUGACCGUCAACAGCGGAAGCGUAUUCGCCAGAGGACUGCAAUUAGUGUGCUCGUUCCAUUCUUGCGAAGUCGGCUGACGCGCAUUUCCAGAAGGAAAGAAUUAGCUGCUCGCUUUUUGCAGCGCGUUUUUCGGUCCCAGAAGGAGCGGCACUUUGUCCACUGGAUGUACAAAAAUAUGAAGUACAAUCAGGCUAUUUCUCUUAUACGGUUCUUUUUGCAACGAUGUGUGGCACAUCGUUGUCGGGAAAACCUUUCGCUUCAACGUGACGAGCGGCGGGCGUACGAGUCCCAAUACGCCUCGAGGGCACUGGCUAUCAUGCGUGAAGAGCGUAUGGAGGUCCUGCAAAUACAACACAUGAUGAGCAGAGUAGCUAACACGGUGUUGACACCCAUGAUCCCGCGUGUGGUGCUUGAAGAUGAGAUACUGCAAACCACUGGUUGUGGCGCCAUUCCACCCCCUCCGCUAAAGGUCGAAGAUGUUGAUAGUGACUGUCUUACGAGGGCAGCAGAGGAAACGGAUGCGCACACUGCUGGGAGUGGCGGAAAGCUGCCUUUAACCAUCAACGAAUUACCGUGGACCUCUGCCCUGCAUAGUGAAGAGGGCACACGACGGUGUCUAGGCGAACUUUUUGAAAGUUGGCUGCCCCAAUGCCCUCGGGCAGGGGGAGAGAAAUUGGACAUUGGUGGUAGGGAAAUAGAUUUGCCCUCGUGUAAGGGCGCGCAAGCGCUUCCUCAGUUAGCAGAAGAUGACACGGGAACUAAAAGGCCACCCCACGUAGUAACUCCGUGCGGGAACGACGGAUCACUUAAACAACUGAUAGGUGCAUUUCUCGAACUCCUCGUAUGCACAGAAUCCGUGGAGCGGAAAGCAGUUGAAGCAGAUAUUCAGCGACGUCGGGGGGAGAUGUUUCGAAGACUAGAUUUCGCUUCAUCACUGAUUCAAUCGGUGGGUACCGCACCGCCGCUUUACGCGAAUCUACUGGUGCAACUGGACGAACCAUGGGUGGUUCGAAAGGCAGAAAAGCUUUUCCGUGAAGAACAGGAAAAGCGUCAUAAGAUGCUAGAGGAGUAUAUGGUUAUCCCACUGCAGUUCUUGGAUCGGCCAAUGCGUAGCGCCGCAGCCGAGGAACGGAGGAAGUGGAUAAAGCAGCGUGUAAAGACACUUAGAGGUUUUAUCGGUAGGCGCGGAGAGGAGACCGGCAACGCUAGGUCUUUUGUGACAAAGAAUGAUGCACAGGGAGGGAGUCCGACCGGACAGUACUCCAUCUCGGGAAAUAUUCCAUGCGAAGUGUACCAGGACACCACUGUUGUGUCGCCGAUUAUGUCAGUUACUGUCCAAGGAUUAGUGUCUCCCCGCCAUCAACGACAAGGAUUACCAUUCAUCACCGUACUACCCUUGCUAACAAAAUCAGGUGCGUCACGUCAUGCACCGCAGCUGCAGCACAGUCGACCCACCUUACAUAGUCAACAUUUUGCCUCAGUUGCGUCCUCAUGGCAUCAGGUGGUGCAAAACCCUUCACGUGAGAGAUUUCCAUCUUAUGAUGUAAACAAUAUUCACAGCACGCUUGCCACGAGCCCACGUGAAACUUCUUUUGAUGUGGAGCGGCGCAGCGAAAUGCUCACCUCAGGUUAUGGUAAUGAAAACUUGGUGGGGCGGAGGUCUUUAGACCCCAUAAGCAAUGGUUCUGGCAGGCAAUAUGUCUACAACACUACUCAUCGUGGAACAUUUACUACAUCUUUAGUCAGCGGGGAGCGAAGUCAAAGGGUGGAAGAACUGGAGGAGAGUGGCACUAAAAGUGGGACUCAGCUACCCCAAAGUGCCAGUCACUUGCCAACAGGCCACUAUUCCUCUGAGGGAUGCACAGUAGCCGAACCACCCAGGGGAGGUGGGCGUUGCGGCGGUAAUGAUCAGGUUAUCCGUAGGGAUGAAACAGGUAUCAGUCAGGGCCACACAACGCAGAAGCCACGUUUUCCACUUUUACGGGUAUCGCGUCAGUUGAGACCAGAACCCAUGCAACCUCUCCAACGAAGUGAAAUAAACCCUCCACCACAGCUCUUUAAGAGUUGCAGUAGUGGGGCUGAUUAUGUACAGCUUCGGCGUAUAUGUCCGGUGGCACCCCACGAUUCAACCACCAUGGGCGGGGUUGGGUCUUCCAGAUUCGGUACUUCUCAACUUUGA